UAGUGAUGGUGAUGAUAGCAUAGUGAUGGUGAUGAUAGCAUAGUGAUGGUGAUGAUAGCAUAGUGAUGGUGAUGAUAGCAUAGUGAUGGUGAUGAUGGCGAGCCAGAAUCUGUACAGGCAGCUUAGAUAGAUAAAUCAACCAAGGUUGAAAUUGUAUGUUUUAUGCACUGUGAAAACAGAGUAGUUUUGCAGCGUUCGCGUUAGAGUAGCUUCUAUCCCCUUGUUCGGAAGCAUUUCUUUAAUACAAUUUAUCUCUUAGACUGAUGCCGUAGUACCUUUAUCUCUUUGUAUUUAUUUUGCAUUUAUGUUUUGUCUUGGUGAAACUUUUAACGGCCGGUACAGGCCGGUUAAGAGGUAAAUGGGUUAAACUUUAGUGUCAAAUCCGUUGUAUCGCGACACGCGUUUUCAAAACACGAUUUGUUUUGGUUUUCUGUUCCGUCAGUAAAACCAUUCUGAGCCAAUCAGUCUCGCUUUGUGCACUUCCCUGGCUAUCCUCUGGAAGAAAACCAGACAGUGUCGUGACAGGAAGCCAGGCAACUGCACUAGGCGAGAGCUGAUGGCAAGAAUCUGAUUUGACUGGCGGAGCAGAAAAUACCAAAAGACAUAAAGAGAUCGAUGUUUCGAAAAUGUGGCGUCGCGAUACAACGGAUUCGACAGUAAAGGUAUAUUCCAUAUAUAUUAUAAAUCAUGGGCGGGUCUAGGGAUGGGCCGGCCUCUUCUUUCUUGAAGAACUUGCUUCGGCCCCACCUUUUUGAACUCCUGGAUGCGCCCCUGUAUAUAAAAACUUGUUAAACAACUAUGAAUAGUUUGAAUAUGAUAUAAUACAAUUAUGUACGCUCCAUAAAAGAUAAAUAUUUUAAAAACUAUGAAAUUGAAUGACCAGAUGACUGAUCAUAGAUAAUAUAAAGUAUUCUUAGUUCUUUUUUUUGCGUUGCCCUGGAGCAUUAAAAUAGAACUGUUGUCUCAGUAUGCAGCGUGUGCAGUCUUCAUGUCAAAGUUGCUGAUAAUAUAAUUUUAAAAUUUACUAAAUAGAUCUUUGUUGUUCUAAAAUGGGUCUGAGGUUCACAUAUAUUGUUCCUUCUUGAUGUUAUUAUUCACAUUGCCCAUGUUCGGAAACCCUAGCUCUUUUUAACUGUGUCAGAAAAUAAAGUCUUAUGCUUGCCUUUUUGCUACCGGUUACUUGGUAGUUUCUUGAUAGAGAAGGCCAAUCACGCCGCCAUUUUAUGCUCCGCUCAAUUUCGAGUCACACAAAGCAUCCAUUUCCAUCGGCUAAUUUACGCGAGUAAACAAUAUAUUUUCAAUCAAAUAUUGUCAAUAAUCAUGCUUUAUUCGUAGAUUGAUUUUUCGUAGUUUUCUCACAAAUAAAUUGUUGUAUUUUUCAUGAUGAAGGAGUGGUUGAUUGUUUUUAUCGUUUGCGUGGUAUGUUCUAGCACCUGUUAGACUUCGUCUAUCUAUCUGCCUUUGAUAUUUAUUGGCGUCUGGAAUAGCCUAUUCAAGACAUUCAAGAAUCGAAAUAGAAUAUUAGUGACUUGACCAUUUGUUUAAUCUUUAUGCCCUUAAUUAAAUUCCGCAUUUUCAUGAAGACUUCACUUCUUUGUCUGUUUUUGUAUUAAUUGCCUUAUUUUGUCUUUCUCAACCAUAGCGUUCUUAGCUAUUUUAAUGUCUGAUGUCCUAAUUCAACAGAUGAAGUUAUUGCAAGCUUCACACUGCUCAUGAGCCAAGCUUUCCUUGCUAUUCGACUAUGGAAAAGCGUAAAUAAACUCAGAAGGGGAUGGUUAGAUAAAUAACACAUGAGGGUCAUAAGUACACUUUUUUUUAUAUAAGAAACUUUUUUAUAAGAACCUUUUUUAUAAGAACGUUGAGCCUGAGAUCUCACUAAAUUCUUAGAACAUGCUAAAAAAUGCCUAGGCACAAAUAGCAAAAUAUAUUUUCAUUGGAGUGAUGUGUUCUGAAAUGUAAAAUGAAAUUGUGUUCAUAAUACCUUUAGUAUAAGAAACGAGUGUACCGCAGAUGUUAUCAUCAUAUUAUGCGGGGAAUACGAUACCGAAUACAUUGAGUCCGGCGUUUGUCCGCAAACAGAAAGCAUGUCUCAAGCAAUCUCCCUAAAUGGUUCAUUCCAGCGACCAUCGACUAGCAACACAUCUGUACCACCACCACCUAGAGAACUAUCAACUAACGAGAAACUCCAAGCCGGUGGACUAGCCAUAAUUGUGGUGUUCGGGGUAGCUAUGAACAUGACUGUCAUUUUACUGGUAGUACUCAAGAAAAUCCAGAAAAGCAGCAUAAUCCUGCUCGUCGUAAACAUGGCCUUUGCCGAUUUGUUGUCGCUUCUGUUGGAACCUUCGUUGUUGAUGAAGAUAAUCAUAACAGGAUCAGAUGAGUGGUUUGGCGACAGCCCUGGUAGUUGCGUUCUAUGUAAGGUGUUUGGUCUUUUGGUCAACUCGCUGACCUGGGUCUCACUGCUAACACUUCUCGUUAUAUCAUUUGAGCGGUUAAAGGCGGUUUCUUCCACAGUGCAGUUGUUCACCUUUGCGGGCCGAAAUCUCGCUUCGCUGAUCGCCGUUACCUGGGCGGUGUCCUUUGCGUUGAACGUUAUAUACUUGGUAGACUGCGAUGUACUGUAUGUGGAAGGAUUUCUCAUAUGUACUUGCACCCAGAGGUCCAUCUUGAUUGUUGUAUCACACGGCCUCUAUCUCGUUACUGUCGUUUGCACUGUAACCAUUAACUUGGUGAUCAUACGGAGGCUUGUGCACUCCCAAGCCGCCAUCCACCUCCCGGCAGCUCAACAAGAAAGGCGUUCCAAGAGAUUCCGCUCUGCAAUCCGCAUGGUUCUCAGCUCCUUGCUCGUCUACGCAGUCUGCGUCACACCGCUUUACGUUUAUUUGUCUAUCGUAACUCUGUCCGAGCUGAACCUUGUAACGAUUUCUUGGAAGCCAAGAGGAUUUCUACUAUAUUUUAUUUUCUACUUAAACUAUUCAUUAGGUCCGAUUGUGUAUUUUGUGUUUCUUGAUGAAUUCCGGUUGCCGUUACGUUCCAUCAUUUGUGUACCGUAAAAACUAUAUCCCUCCGGGCGCUUGUUAUUUCAACAUUUCAUUAUCCCGUUGGUCGAAACUAGGCAUUCUCAGAUGUUUUCUGUAUACUACGUUUGUCUCUACAUUAACAAUGACAUUUGGUGUCCUUCUAACAUUUUAACCAAGCGUGAUUAACUUAUCAAGUUCUACUUUUUAUUUUAUGCUUCUCAGGUGAGGUACCUUACAAAGAGAGAGGGACUUAAUAUAUAUAGGCUUAAUAGAACUUUUAUGGUAUUUGUGGGUAUUUUUAUCAUUCUACCUGAGGCACAACAACGCGAUAAAUGGUAAUUUGACAUCUCUCGUCUUUAAAAUUCUAUUACUUUUAACUCUCUGGAUCUGAAAGUGAUUCCUUCAAGUCUGCAAGGCAUUCAUUAUUAAAAUAUAUCAAAGAUUAAAAUUGUCACUUGAAUGGCGUGUCACAAAUACAAUUCUUCAGGGCAGAAUCUGCCCUGAAGAAGUCUUAUUAAAGACGAAAAUUUAGCAGAGUCGAAUUCCAGUUUUUGGUGUAUUUUAUUCAUUGUUCUGGUACGAGAUCACGACAGUUUGGGCUUUUUGAUUCUAUGCGUGUCACAAUUCAAUAGAAUUUGUAAUAGAAUCUGUUACACUUUUUUAAAGGAACCCUUAAAAUCCUAAUUGAACAAAAAACCGUAUCUUGCCAGACGAUUAUCUUGUUGAUAAAGGCGUAAAACGUGCAUCGGUUUUUUUUUAAUCUACAUAGACUCUCCCGCUCCACUACAGCGACUGCGCUCUACUUGUUUUCUGAUGGCACAGACACGCUUUUAUUAUAAUGCAGGGGGAGGGGGGACAACACAGCAAGGCUCCUAACCUAGUGCUCCAUCAUAUUUUUUUAUUGCUUAUUUUCAAUGCUUUAUAUUGCAGGAGAGAGGUGGUGGGGUGGUAUGUGAAGUAGUUUUUUGUUGAGUGAACAUGUUUUUUUUCUAUUCCUUGGUUUCCUCGUGCUUUUUUUUCUUACAUUUUGGUUCUGCUCGUUUUUUUUUUUCAAGGUACCUGUCCGUCCCUUGUCACGUGAUUUUCCAAGGGAGUUAUUAGCAUGUGUUUUAUUUUGUCUCAGGAAUGUGGUUAAUACGGAUUCUCGUAUGAGAGUGUACAUGUUGGUUAGUCCAGCAUAUUUUUUGGAGUGUUCAUGGCGCCAAUAGGAAGGCUGCUUAUUAUGGCGACCGAGUGGUUUUUAACCAAGGGAACGUUUUUCUCAAUGCUUUUGCGAGAAAUAAUUGUUGCUGGCGCUCCUAGUUCGGCUACCAUCUAUCGAAUGUCCCGGGAACUCGGUUCCCUGUGGCAUGGUUAAAUCGUGUAAGUCUCUCCUUCUUGUUCUGUACUCCGACAGGCAACCCUCACCAACAUUUAGGAUUUGUUUCGCUAGAAAUCGGCUACACGUAGUCUAGUGUACACCUUAUACUUAUAACAGUUCUGUAGAAUGAUUGUGAUGAAAGUGAUCAUGAUGAUGAUAAAAAAAACGUCCGUCGAAGGAUUAUGUUGGUGAGGUGUGUAGUUAGGGUGUUAGUGGUGAUGAGAGGAAGAUGGUAAAAGACACCAGGAUGAUGUUAUUGAAGUCGAUAUUGGUAAGUUGAUGUUGGAAGUGAUAAUAGUGAUAGUGAUGAUUAUAAUGAAAAAGAUGAUGGUGAUGUUUAUUUAUUUAUGUGGAUCGUGAUGACUUUGAUGAUAGUUAUAUGUAGUUGAUAUCAGUGAUGCGGUCUUGGAGAUCCUCAAGGUUUGGUGGAAGAAAUGUAUCUGUUGCUGCUACUGAAGAUGAUCGUGAUGAUGGUAAUUGUUGUGUAUUAAUUAAUGUGGUAAUGGUGAUGGAGACGAUAAUGAUGAUGAUUGUCGUCCUUUAAUAGAUGUAGUAAUGGUGAUGGUGAUUGUCAUGAUAAUGAAAAUGAUGUUUUUUGCCUGAUGGUUUAUGUGCUGGAUUGACCCAAUGACAGGCUGGUACGUUAAUACUGUUGAUUAACAGCGCGGAUUUGAUGAGACGAUGGUAACGAUUCCUUUUGUUACCAGAUCGUUUACCGUCAUCUGCGUCCUCCUUCAGCAGUUUUCCCAGCAGC